AUGUCAGCCUACACGGCACACCGAGGGAACGGCGGCGGCCUCCCCGGGGCUCCUGAUUCCCCGAGGAGCUCGUCACUGCAUGGCCUGGGCCUCGGGAGCAGCCUGAAGCCGCCUUCCGGCUCGGACGUGUCCGAACGUGAAAACGACGACCCUCUCCUGAGCUCCGCAAAGAAACUCAGGGGCAUCAAUAGCACGUACGUUAUUUCCGCCUGUAGGACCCCUGGAGGUGCGCCCCUCACCCCUAACCCUGCAGGUAGACUGACCCUGCAGAGGAGAGUCACAAGAAACAAGGAAUCAUCGCUGCUUGGGAGUGAGGUGGGAGAGUCAUCCGAGAGAAAAACAGAAACGCGUCUUAGGUUACAACGUCGCGUUCGAGCAGGUUCUGUGGACAGGCAGGCAGCAGCUGAAGCCGAUUCUGUGGGCGGGCAGGCAACAGCUAGAGCAGAUUCUAUAGACAGGCGGACAACAGCUGGAGCCGAUUCUGUGGACAGGCGGACAGCAGCUGGAGCAGAUUCCGUGUGCAGGCAGGCAACAGCUGGAGCAGAUUCCGUGGGCAGUUGGACAAAAGCUGGAGUAGAUUCUGUGGACAGGCGGACAGCAGCUGGAGCAGAUUCCGUGGGCAGGCAGGCAACAGCUGGAGCAGAUUCCGUGGGCAGUUGGACAACAGCUGGAGUAGAUUCUGUGGACAGGCGGACAGCAGCUGGAGCAGAUUCCGUGGGCAGGCAGGCAACAGCUGGAGCCGAUUCCGUGGGCAGGCAGGCAACAGCUGGAGCAGAUUCAAUGACACAGAGCGUGGGAGGUGCUGCAGCCAGCAAUGGUGCUUCACGGGACACCAGUAGGAAUGUCAGGAUUGUCAACAACGAGAAAAACUCCCACGCUGCAUCUUCUGCGUCCUCCGCCGAAGACAGCGACCCUGGACUGGUGGCCGGUGAAGAAGACAGAGUAACGUUUUCUGCCCUCGCGGGAGCACAUGACAGCGAGACACACGGCUACUUCACUCACAGCACGCCCAUCCGCUCCCAGAAAGAGGCUGAGGAGGCUCGACCCGGACCCUUGUCCACGAAACCCGAGCAGAGCCCGUGGGACGUCAGAGUGUUGGGAACAGGAAACCUGCAUCACACAAGUCUUGCGAAAAACACAAAUAAGUUUGGAAGCUUAGGCAAAGGGACGCCCGGGAAACGUAUUGCAGAGCACACGUGGACCCCACGGUGUGGCACGCCUCAGCCUCGGGGCGCGGCGAUGUCCACCCUGAAGCGCAGGACGCCCAGCUCCCAAGGCCAACAGAAGCCAAAACGCACUCUCUUCACAAAUACAAGGGAAGGGUGUCACGAACCUACGCUCCCUCCCCAGGAGGAGGCCGCUGCUCAGAGCGCCUCCGUACGGAGGGGCCCCCUAAAAGUGGAGAACAGCCAGGUGACGGUGGCAGUCCGCGUGAGGCCUUUCAGCAAGAGAGAGAAGGACGAGGACGCGGCCCAGGUGGUCUUCCUGGACGGGGAGGAAAUCGCCGUGCGGCACCCGGACCUGAGGCAGGCGUACCGUUUCCUCUACGACGUCUCCUUCUGGUCCUUGGACGAGCGCCACCCGCGCUACGCCAGCCAGGCCGCCGUGUACGAGACGCUGGCGGCUCCGCUCCUGGCCCGCGCCCUGGAGGGCUACAACGCCUGCCUCUUCGCGUACGGGCAGACGGGCUCCGGGAAGUCGUACACGAUGAUGGGAUUCGGGGAGGAACCGGGGAUCAUCCCAAGGUUCUGCGAAGACCUUUUUGCUCAAGUGGCCAAAAACCAGACCCAGGAGGUCAGGUACCACCUGGAAAUGAGCUUCUUCGAAGUUUACAACGAAAAGAUCCACGACCUGCUGGUGGGCAGAGGGGGCAGCAGGCAGAGGAAGCAGCCGCUGAGGGUCCGGGAGCACCCCGUCUCCGGGCCGUAUGUCGAAGCUCUGGCCGUGAACGCUGUCGGUUCUUACUCGGACAUCCAGGGCUGGCUGCAGCUGGGGAGCAAGCAGCGGGCCACGGCGGCCACCGGCAUGAACGACAAGAGCUCCCGCUCGCACUCGGUGCUCACGCUGCUGAUGACCCGCACCCAGACGGAGCUGGUGGACGGGGAGGAGCACGACCACGCGGUGACCAGCCGCAUCAGCCUGGUGGACCUGGCGGGCAGCGAGCGCCAAGGGCCGGCCGGCACCAGCGGGCAGCUGCUGAGGGAAGGCGUGAGCAUCAACAAGUCCCUGCUGACGCUGGGCAAGGUCAUCUCCGCGCUGGCGGAGCACGGGGGCCGCCGGAGGGCGUUUAUUCCGUACCGGGAGUCGGUCCUGACGUGGCUGCUGAAAGAAAGCCUGGGCGGCAACUCCAAGACGGCCAUGAUCGCCACGGUGAGCCCGGCGGCCAGCAGCCUGGAGGAGACGCUGAGCACCCUGCGCUACGCCCGCCAGGCGCGCAGCAUCGUCAACGUGGCCCGGGUCAACGAGGACACGAGCGCCCAGCUCAUCCGCGAACUGAAAGCAGAAAUUGAGAAGCUGAAAGCUGCUCACAGAAGCCGCCAGCACAUUGACCCCGAGCGGUACCGGCUCUGCCGGCAGGAAAUCACAUCCCUGCGGAUGAAGCUGCACGAGCAGGAGCGAGCCAUGGUGGCCAUGCAGAGAGCGUGGAAAGAAAAAUUUGAACAGGCUGAAAAAAGAAAACACCACGAAAUCAAGGAGUUACAGAGAGCGGGAGUCACCUUCCAGGUGGACAGCCGCCUGCCGAACCUGGUCAACCUGAGCGAGGACCCGCAGCUGUCGGAGGCGCUGCUGUACGUGAUCCGGGAGGGCACCACCGCGGUCGGGAAGCACGGCCCCGCCUCCAGCCCCGACAUCCAGCUGUGCGGGGCGCUGGUGGCCGACGAGCACUGCACCAUCAGCAACGUCGACGGGACCGUGAGCAUCGCCCCCGUCGGGGAAGCCAGGACAUACGUGAACGGGAAACUCGUGCUGGGGCCCACCGUGCUGCACCACGGCGACCGCGUGGUGCUCGGGGGAGACCAUUACUUCCGGUUUAACCACCCGGCGGAGGUCCGGAGCGGGGAGAGGCCGCCCGGGGAAGACGCCCCGGCCGGCGAGGGCCCGAAGGACUUUGAAUUCGCCAAGAACGAGUGGCUCGCGGCCCAGCGAUCGCAGCUGGAGGCGGAGAUCCAGGAGGCGCAGCUGAGGGCGAAGCAGGAGAUGCUGCAGGGCAUCCAGGUCGCCAAGGAGGUGGCGGAGCAGGAGCUGUGCUGUCAGAGAGCCGCCUUCGAGGGCAGGAUCGAGGCCCUGCAGGCCGAGCUGAAAGAGGAGUCUCAGCAGAAGAAGCUGCAGGAGGUGAGUAACCAGAAGGCACAUCUCCGGAUCGAGGAGCUGGAGAGGGCGAAGCAGCGGCUGGAGCAGGAGGUGCAGGCCAACCGGAGGCGCCUGCAGCUGGAGCGGCUGGCGGCCCAGCAGGCGCUGGAGGACCACAGCGUCCGCCACACGAGGAUCCUGGAGGCUCUGGAAGCCGAGAAGCAAAAAAUCGCCCGAGAGGUGCAGGCGCUGCAGCAGAGCCAGGGCGGCAGGGACAGGGCGCCCCCGGGCCCGACGAGCUGGGGCUCCCUGAAGCUCUCGCUCAUGAUCCAGGAGGCCAACGCCCUCAGCGGCCGCGCUCAGAGGCAGUACGUGUUUGGCAGACACGAGGCGCCCGACAGAGGGGGUGGCCCCGGCCCCCGGGUCCGGGUGCGGAACCUGCGGCUCGGCGUGUCCACGCUGUGGAGCCUGGAGAAGUUUGAGUCCAAGCUGGCCGCCCUGAAGGAGCUCGAUGAGAGUAACUGCAAGUGUGAGGACCUCUUCUGUGACCCCGAGGACGAGUGGGAGCCCGACCUCACGGACGCACCCAUCUCCUCGUUCUCCAGGAGGAGGAGCAGGAGUCUGGUGAGGGACCGCAGGGUCUCCGGCUACUUGCACGACAUCCAGGCCCACGCGGCUCCGCGUCCGCACUCCUCUCGCUCGGCAGGGCCGUCUCCCGUCGGAACAGGCUCCCUGGGCUCCAGCCCCGCGGAGUCCGCCCUCCCCGGGAUCUGCAGAGCGCUCAUCGGCUCGGCCCUGGCCGUCCUCGGGCGGAGCGGCGAGGAGGAGACGGUGGCGGACGGCCUGCUGGACGGCCUCCUGCGGGUGCACGGGGGGCUGCUGGCCAUCUCCCAGGCCCACGCCGCCCAGGACGAGGACAGCCCCGACGGCCUGUUCUCUGCGGACCACGCGGCCCAGGCGCGGGCGGUGCAGGUGGCCUGCGCCUUCGGGCAGCUCGCGGUGCUGGCCCCGCACUGGCCGGGGGACUCCCCGCCCGGGCCCCCCGCAGCACGGCUGGGAGAGGAGCUGCGGCAGGAGGUGGAGAAGCUGGGCAGCUACUUACAGGUGUUCCUGCAGGGCUGCUCCUCGGACAUCCCGUCGAUGGUGACAGACGCGCAGAGGAGAGCCGCCCAGGCCGUGCGGCAGGCUGUGGCGUGUGUGGGGCAGCUGGCCGUGCUGAGCGGGAGCAGGCUGCGUCUCCUGGACCCCAGGGCCUACGGGGGCGCCGACGUGCAGGAGGACCUCGCGGACGCCCUGUGGGACGGAGUCGGCGCGGGGCUGAGGCUUCUCAUCGACUCUGGACUCGAGAGGGCGGGGGAGCUGCGGCGCGAGCUCUCAGGGCAGCGCCCCCAGAGCGAGGCGGCCCAGCAGCUGAGCGCGAAGGCCGAGGUGCUGGCCGGGUGCCUGGAAGCCGUCCUCGCCGCGUGGAAAGCCACGAGCUCCCGCACGCGAGCGCAGGAGGAGCCUUCUGGGUGCGGGGCCCUGAGGGAGAUGGCCGGCCGCGCCCCGGGAGUGUGGGAGCUGACGCGCUGCGUGGACCAGGCCGUGGGCGCUGUCCUUGCCGCCCUGAGAGGACGCCGCGGCGACGGGGGUGCCCUCAGGACCUGCGUGGAGAGGAUCUGUGUCUUGGCGGGGGACGUCGGCGCCGACAGCUGUGCCCAGAGCCGCGAGGACCUGGCAUCCGCGGCCAAGUCCCUCCUCCUCUGCUUCGAGGCCGAAGACACGCCUGCCUUGUCGGAACCCUGGGAACCGUGUCAUCGAAACAGCGGAGAGGGCCGCCGGCCGCCCGGGGCGAGCAGCACUGGCCCCGCCGCGGGGAGGGGCGUCCCCAAGCCCGUCUGCGCGCUGCCCUCCCGGCCCCCGCGGAGCUCGGGGGAGGGCGCGCCCGGGGGAACCCGGUGGGUGUGA